GCUGGGGGAAGCGCUGUCUCUGGUCUACAGUUCAGUAGAACACGCACAGCACACACUGCUUGCCGAAAGGACGCGCGCAGUGUACAAUGCAUCGUUUUGGUUUUAGAUGCGUUUCUUGGAGCUGUGAAGGAAUAAACUACCUUGCUGGAGUCCACCGGAAGAAUUGAACGUCGCCUUGAGGAGAUUCCAAAUCAGUUGAAUCUAUUGCAUUUUUUUCCCUAUAUUUGCGCUUCGGCAUGAGCAACGCGUCUUGAUGCAAAUAAUACUGAGCAGCCUAGGAAAUGGAUACUCUCCACCUGCGUGUUGUGUGUGUGUGUGUUUUACCGUGCUAUCUUUGGAUGUUAAAAAAAACGGCGGCCACAGAUUCAGACCCCAACCCGAAAGGGUAAUCACAGCACCGGCAUGUUCGUGUUUGUUCCAAGAGCGCAUUUUUGGAGAGGUCUCUCCAGCCUGAGUCCGUGAUGUUUGCCAGCUCUGGCGGGGAGUUCGCUUUGGCAUACCUAGACUAUGGCUCGCCACCAGCCACCAGCUUCACGACUGAGGCGUCGUACUAUUUCUCGAGCAACAGCUCCAGUCCGACACCGGCCCGGGUCCUCAACGGUACCGCCGAUAUGUGCGGGGAGCAGCCCCUCGAAUUUGGCACGGCGGAGAAGGUGAUUAUCGGGGUGCUGCUGACAGUUAUCACCGUGGUGACGGUAAUGGGGAACACUCUGGUUGUGAUAGCCGUCUGCGUGGUGAAGAAACUCCGACAGCCGUCCAACUACCUGCUCGUGUCCCUAGCUGUGGCGGAUCUGUCGGUGGCCGUCGCUGUCAUGCCCUUUAUGAUAGUUACCGACCUCACAGGAGGACACUGGCUCUUCGGGGAGGUUUUCUGUAACAUCUUCAUCGCCAUGGAUGUAAUGUGUUGCACUGCUUCAAUCAUGACCCUGUGUGUCAUAAGCGUCGACAGGUACCUGGGCAUCACCCGACCCCUCACCUACCCGGCCAGGCAGAACGGGCAGCUGAUGGCGAAGAUGAUUGCGGGGGUAUGGCUGGUGUCGGCUUCCAUCUCCUUCCCUCCGUUCUUCGGCUGGGCUCAAAACAUCAACAAGGGCGGGGUGUGCCUGAUCAGCCAGGACUUCGGCUACACCAUCUACUCCACGGCCGUGGCUUUCUACAUCCCCAUGGCCGUCAUGCUCAUCAUGUACUACAAGAUCUUCCGCGCGGCCCGCAAGAGCGUCGCCAAACACCGCUUUGCCGGCUUCCCUCGGAGGAACGAUCUGGAGACGGUGACCCAAGAGGGUCUCAAGAUGCAGGGGCUGAAACCCCCAGGGGUGGCCGAGGAGUGCGGAGUCCUGUCCCGCUUCCUGGGCCGGGAACGGAAGAACAUCUCCAUCUUCAAGAGGGAGCAGAAGGCAGCCACCACCCUGGGGGUCAUAGUUGGGGUCUUCUCAAUCUGUUGGCUGCCCUUCUUCAUCCUCACCACCGCUAGGCCCUUCAUCUGCGGGGUGCUGUGCAGCUGUAUCCCUAUCUGGCUGGAACGCAUGCUACUGUGGUUUGGUUACACCAACUCUCUGAUGAACCCGUUCAUCUACGCCUUCUUCAACCGGGGCUUGAGAUCCACCUACAAGGACCUCCUACGCUGCCGCUAUCGAAACAUCAACCGCAGGCUGUCGGCCGUCGGGGUGCACGAGGCGCUGAAAGUUUGACGACUUUAAAUCGAGAGUUGGGGGAACAUCCUGGCCACCCUGCUAUUUCUUUUGGGAGAGUUGUAAUCAUUAGAUAUUUUUUUUUGUAUUGCAAGGAAGUUUUUCUGGGAUUUCGGGCACGUAUGGAAGAUCUUUUUUCUGAAAGAUCCUGGGAAAUCAAACAGAAGAAACAAAAUGUGGAUUUCGUUUGGUGAUUGAAUUUAGGGUUCAUCAGUGGCCCCUUCUGGUCCAUAUGGGCUAGACAGCGGGGAUAGGGGUGACCCGAUGAUCUUCUGUCCUCCUGCUCGCUAUUGGGUUAGCAUUGUAUUUGAAAGUGGGGAGUGUGAAACUGAGCCAAACACUACAGCUUUAAAUCAGUACCUGCAGCUACACUGUAACAUAUUGCACUAUUCUAUUUGUACGGGAGACGAGCAAAUGUGUUUUCAUAAGAUUCUUCUACCGUGGGGUUUAUCGGAUUAAUGACCACGUCAGACAGUUGAUUUGAUGUUCACUAACGGGUAAGAAAUCUCAUGAGCGUAAGAUACCCGGGGCAAGCCGUCCGGCUUCUCUGUGCUCAGAGAAAGGAGACUCCUUCAUGUGUGUCAUUAAGUGGAGGCACAGUUUCCUUUUUACGCUUGAAAAACUCUGACCCCCCCCCUGCAAGAUCCAUUCCACUCCAAUGAUCAGCAAAACCCAGCAAAAACCUUUUUGGGAAACUUGUAAGGACCAGGGGGUUCUUUCAGAUACUCAGUUUGCUCUAAUUGAAUUACAGCUGUGAAAUUAUUUAUAUGACUUUACCAAUCAGGAAACAUAAGAAGACCCUGUAUAAGUACUGAACUGAUCUGUAUACAGGUGUGCAGGUGUGCAGGUGCUUAAGUUGUUCCGGAGAGAUCCUUCAGCAUUCAGGAGACUUAGAUUUUAUCACAGAUCAAAUUUAAUUUAAUUCACUUGGACAGUGAAUUCGGGAAGCACCUGCCAAGUGAGCGCCCACUGUCAGCCCUCUAUAUCUGUCAUGAUUUCUGUCUGAAACUGUUGUUACAGAUGUUUCAUAAAUAAUAACAAAUUCCUCAGAUACAGUAUGUGACGGGCCGUCCGCAAAAGUGUACAUAAAUCCCAGUUGUUUACAGAUUGUAUUUGCCAAAUCCUGUUUCUAAUGUGCUAUGAUUAAGAUUAAUAAUACUGCAUAUUAUUGACCGGGUAAUAAUUACCAAAGUAAUUAAUAAGGUCAUUUUUUUUUUUUCAUCUGUGCUUGAAUUGGUAUACACAUGAUUCAUUUCCGGGUCUACUGUUUUGAGUGGAGUUUUCUUUCCGUGGCCUCUGUACGGAUCUGCAGUGUUGAAAGAAUUAUUAUUGAUCAGGCUGUAAUAGCUUGGCAUCUCAGCCCAUCGAAUUGAAUAGGGAGGCAAGGGCUGUUCUGCUUACCUCAGAGUUCAGAGACAAAUGUCUUACCGUUCAACUACAGAGCAAGCCCUCUGGUCAAGAGGGAAGUAGGGGCUUUAUUUUCAAAGCGUUUCCUCCAUUCUUGAAUUAACUGUUUUGUUUUCCAAAUUGAGAUGCCAAAAACACUGAGGGCGCUUAAAAGGAAUUGAAAUAUAUAACUUUGGUUUUUUUUGUUUUAGUUUUGACCUAUUUCAGAAAAUAGGUGUUAAUUAAAGGGGAAAUGCUUUGAAAAUAUGACCCAGCAUACUGUAGAUUAUGCUGAUGUCAGUAUUAUUAACCCAUCAGAUGCUAGGAGGAGAUCGUUGCACGGUACAGCAAGGGCUUAGUGGCAAUACAAUAGAAGUAUUUAAAAAUGUAAAUUGUAUAAUAAUUGUAAUUACAGGAAACUAUUAUCCUGUGUAUAUAAGGCAUUAAGCAUCAUGUAUAUAAGUAAAUCUGAGGAAAGGUAAGCCACGUGUAGUAAGGCUCCUAGAGUCUUGAAUUCAGCUACAGUUCAAGGAUGAAAAACAUGAAAGGGAUUUUCUAUAAUACCCAUCAAUAUUUCCAGAGUACUUCGAUUCCUUUUUGUUCUUUGUAUAGUUCUGCUCAGAUCAUUAUUUACCAGGCUCACUAGCUAAUGUCCUUUUUCAACAUUUCGCAUUUUGGUUGCCUCAUAUUUGAGCCUGUGGCCAACAUACAACCGAACGUGCAAGAAUAACUUCUCUUUGUAUUGUCACAUUGAAGCCAAUUAUUUAUUAUUAUUUUCUCCCCAAUUUGAAAUGACCAAUUAUUUUUAGGCUCAGCUCACCGCUCCCGCCCCUGCGCUGACUCAGGAGCGGUGAAGACAAACACACGCUGUCCUCUGAAGCGUGUGCCGUCAGCCGACCGCUUUUUUUCACACUGCGGACUCACCAUGCAGCCACCCAAGAGCUACAGCGUCGGAGGACAACGCAGUUCUGGGCAGCUUAUAGGCAAGCCCGCAGGCGCCCGGCCAGACUACAGGGGUCGCUGGUGCGCGGUGAGCCGACCUAACCCUCCCUCCCCCCGGGCGACGCUCGGCCAAUUGAGCGCCGUCCCCACAAUUGCUUUUCACUAGAUGGCCCUGAGUAACACCACUCUGGCUGAUCUAGCCUGUGUUAUAUCUAUGACCGAAAACUGCUAGGAAUGAUUGCAAACAUUGCAAAAAAGGUACAGGUAUAUAUAUAUAUAUAUAUAUAUAAAUAAUGAAAUUUGAAUCUACAACCAAGCAAAAUGACUGUGACUGUGAUUGGAUUUGGCAUCACCCAGGUGUGGGGCAUGUUCUCUUGGUAUACCCUGGGUCCCUUGAUUACGCUGGAAGGCUGGUCGAAUGCCAUAGUUUACUUAAGCAUCGUUACUGAUUAAUUCCACCCAGUAAUGCUGCAUUUGUCCGCUGAUGGCGAUGGCUACUAUGUACCAGAAUUGCUGUGCACCAGAAUUGUGCAUUAAUGGUUUCAGAAGAAUGCUGUGAAUCAGGGCUAACUGUGGCCCAACCUGAUAUGAAGUGCAGGUCCUAAUAAAGUGGCCAGGCAGUGCAUACUGUAUUUAUGCUGUAAUGAAAAGGGUUUUGUGUUAUUACAUUCAUUUAAAUAGCAUGGGAUCCCUUCUGAUUUGUCUUUGCAGUUUUGAAUCAAAUAUUGAAUCUUGAGCAGAACCAAGCAACGAUCAAACAGAAGAUUUGUUUUUUUUAUUCAUGUUUACCCAGGUUGCACGCUGGUUCAACUUCGUUCUCAUGAUCGUAAAUCUGUAACACACACAAGAAGCAAAGGGACAACGCUGCAUAUCUCCAUCUGCAGUGAUCGCUUUCUGUAUCAUACGUUGUACAUAUAUUUGUCAUAAAAGAUAUUUAUUAA